AUGUCUGGAUUUGGGUACGAGGACGAGGACUUCGUGUUUCCGGACACACCUGCCCUGGAUGAAGCGUGUCAGCAUGACGAGUUGGAGGCUGCCUGUGCUGCUGUAGACUCAGGUACUGGUGGCACUGAGGCAGAGUGCAGCAUCAUAUCGUCACUACAACCGAUACCCCAGUUGUGUGCGACUGUGGAGGCUUCCACAGAAGAUGAAAGAAGGAUACGCACAGAGUGUGACCGUAUGCUGAUCCAAGGCGUUAUUGAACCAUCCUCGAGCCCUUGGCUGUCACCGGUGGUACUGGUCAAGAAGAGGGAUGGAACUCACCGGUUCUGUGUCGACUACCGGGCCUGA